AUGAGCAGCCCCGAUGCGGGGUACGCCAGUGACGACCAGAGCCAGAAGCGCAGCCGGAGCGCCCAGCCCCUGGUGAUGGCCGGCCUGGGCCCCUGUCCCUGGGCAGAGUCGCUCAGCCCGCUGCAGGACGCCAAGGCCAAGGGCGACGCGGGGGCCAGCGGGGGACCCCCGGCCGGGGCCGCGGGCCGGGCCAAGGGCGAGUCCCGCAUCCGCAGGCCCAUGAACGCCUUCAUGGUUUGGGCCAAGGACGAGCGCAAGCGCCUGGCCCAGCAGAACCCCGAUUUGCACAACGCCGAGCUGAGCAAGAUGCUGGGCAAGUCCUGGAAGGCGCUGACCCUGGCGGAGAAGCGUCCGUUCGUGGAGGAGGCCGAGCGGCUGCGGGUGCAGCACAUGCAGGACCACCCCAACUACAAGUACCGACCCCGGCGCCGCAAGCAGGUGAAGCGGCUCAAGCGCGCGGAGGGCGGCUACCACCACCUGCACGCGCUCCAGGAGGCCCCCGGCGCCAGCGCGCCCCUGGACGCCCUGGGGCUGCCCUACCCGGAGCCCGGCUACCCCGCGGGGCCCCCGCCGCCCAUGCUCGCCCCGCACCUGGGCGCGCACUACCGCGACUGCCAGGGCCUCGACGGCUACCCGCUGCCCACGCCCGACACGUCGCCCCUGGACGGAGUGGACCCCGACCCGGCCUUCUUCGGGGCGCCUCUCCCCGGGGACUACAGCUACGCGCCCGCCUUGGACUACGCGGGACCCCCGGAGGCGCCUGGCGGGGGCGGCGCCUUGCACACCCGCCUGGGAACCGAGCCCGGGGGACCCGGGGGGCCCGGGAUGCCGGGCCUGCUGGCCCCUCCCAGCGCCCUGCACAUGUACUACGGGGCCCUGGGGUCCCCCUCGGGGCCCGGCAGUGCCCGCGGCUUCCCUCCUCUGCAGCCGCAGCCCCAGCCACCGCCUCCGGGCCCCGGGCAGCCUUCGCCACCGCCGGACAGUGCCGACCCCAGCCAGCCCCCCGAGCUGCACGGGCUCGGGGAAGUGGACCGCACCGAGUUCGAACAGUACCUGCACUUCGUCUGCAAGCCGGAUCUCGUGGGCUUGCCCUACCAGCCCCACGAAGCCAACGCGGGGCUCCCCGACAGCCAGGGCGCACUGUCCUCCGUGGUGUCCGACGCCAGCUCAGCCGUCUAUUACUGCAACUAUCCCGAUGUUUGACGGGGUGCCC